UAUUAUUCGGUAGAUCAGUCAUCUAUAGUGCACACACACACACACACAGAGAUUCAACAGUCACCAUGUGGGUUCUAAGAGGCUUCGUUGUGCUCCUGGUAAUCGCAGAAUGUCUUUGUAGGUCGCCUCCCUUCAUGAAAAUGUGUCCCGUAGUCCCUGAAGAUGUUGGUGGUAUUUGUGUUGAGGAGUGUGGACCCGAUAAGAAGUGUGAUGAUGGUCAGCUGUGUUGCUCUAAUGGGUGUGGUCAUGUAUGUAAAGCAGCCUGUCCACCUCUUAUCUGUGGGCUUACCGGAUGUCUCUAUGGCCGUGUUACUGAUGAGAAUGGAUGUGAAACAUGUAGCUGCAGAGGCCCUCCUGCCGUGUGUCCCAAAGCCCCUGAAGGUGUUUUCGGAAUCUGUGUUGAGGAGUGUGGACCCAAUAAGAAGUGUGAUGAUGGUCAGCUGUGCUGCCCUAAUGGAUGUGGGCACGUGUGUAAAGCAGGCUGUGCUCCAGUGCUUUGCCGCAUGGGAUGUCGGAAUGGUUGGGCCACUGAUGAGGACGGAUGUGAGAUAUGUCAAUGCAAGCGACCAGCUCAGUGAUUCUUGUGAGAUCGGAAUCCGCCACAAAGACCAUGUCAUGACGGAGCAGUACACGAG